AUGGCCUCCCAAGAGAGGAGCAUGCCAUUCAUCAAGAACCUCGCCUCGAGCGACCGUAAAACCCGCACCUCGGCCCUCUCCUCACUACACACCUUCCUGUCAGCCCGACAGAUCUCGUCGUCCCUCAGCGCGGUGGACGUGCUCAAGCUGUGGAAGGGUCUAUUCUACGCGCUAUGGAUGUGCGACCGCCCCUUGCCCCAACAAGCGCUCUGCGCCGAGCUGGCCGAUCUGGUUUUCAUCCUCCCCUCGCGCGCGGCCGUCGUGACCUGGUUGCGCGGGUUCUGGGCCACGCUCGCGCGCGAGUGGACGGGCAUCGACGUGCUCCGUCUCGAGAAGUUCCUGCUGCUUGUCCGCAGGGUCGUCGGGGCCGGGUUUAAGUGGAUGAGGAAGGAGGCUGGUACUGGGGCUGGUACUGCUGGGAAUAAUAGGACGACAGGGGAUGAGGGUGAUGGUAAGGGGCGGGGUGGGAAUUGGGAUGCGGAGAGGGUGGACGAUAUCCUAGGGCUUUUGGAGGAGUGGCCCUUUGCGCUUGCCGAUGAAGCGCAGAUUGCUGGACAACAGGGGAGUGCCGAGGGCGACGGGCAAAUACCGCAAACGAUACCGGCCGGGCUGAGGUUGCACGUACUGGAUAUUUGGGUCGAUGAGGCGGAGAAGGUGGGCUUGCUGGAGGAGGGGGACGAGGAGGCGAGCAGGAUUAUCCAGAGGAUCAUCGGGCAAGUGGACGCGCUGGAGCAAGCGACGACGAGGCCGGCUGUGCGGGUCAGGUCAAAGGAGUCCCUCUCCGACGAGCGGCUUCCGGGGAACAGAAAGCCCCUCGCGGAGGCAGGGAUUGGGAAGGACAUGGACGACGGUCCCGGUGACAGUGGCAGCUGGGAUGGGUUUGAGGACUAG